AUGUCCUCUCCCUUUAAUAACAAUAACAACAAUAACAACAAUACGAAUAAUAUUGGUGCAACGAACCCUGCCAACAGCUCUACCCCUACUUCCAGACAUGCGUCCAUUGUCGAAAUGUUAUCUACUCCACCUCCACUAGGACCAAAUGUCGUCGGUAUUACUGAAGAGUUCAGCGCGGUUCCCAAUAACGAUACAGACGGUGGUAAUAAAGAUCAAUCAGAUGGCUCAGGGAACUUCGGACUCUCAGCUGCUCCAAUGAAGAAAACUCCCUCACAAUGUUUAGAAUCGGUCCAUAUUCAGAAAUGGCAACAUAUUCAAUUAUCACAAUUGGUAGAACCCAAUAAAUUGAUUUUUAUCCCGGGUUCUCUCUCUGUGGAGGAAGCAUUCAAUAAGUUAAUCAAGAAUCAUUUGAAUUCCAUCCCUGUGGAGUCAGAACCAGGUGAUAUGAAUUGUUUGACAUUUGAUUAUAAUGAUUUAAACGCAUAUCUUUUAUUGGUACUAAAUAAAAUAAAUGUUAAUAAUAAAAAAAUCACCCAAGAUUGUCAAAAUGGUAAACCUGUCCCAGUAGGUGAAAUUGUGAAAUUGACUCCAAAAAACCCCUUUUAUAAGCUACCAGAAACUGAAAACUUAUCCACCGUCAUGGGAAUAUUAGGUUCUGGGGUUCAUCGUGUCGCAGUGACUAAUGUUGAAAUGACAAAAGUAAAAGGUGUCUUAUCUCAAAGCCGUCUAAUCAAAUACCUUUGGGACAACGCUAGAUCGUUCCCAACAUUAGAGGCCUUAUUUAAUUAUUCAUUGAAAGAUUUACAAAUAGGUGUAUUAAAUACUAACUCCAAACCAACAUCGAGACAGUCCCGUGUCAUUUCAAUCCAUGGCGAUGAACCAUUAAUUAUGGCACUUUACAAAAUGUAUAUAGAAAGGAUUUCUUCCAUUGCAGUUAUUGAUAAUCAGGGAAAUUUAAUUGGUAACAUCUCAGUGACUGAUGUCAAACAUGUCACUAGGACUUCCCAGUAUCCAUUACUUCAUAAAAAUUGUCGUCAUUUCAUUUCAGUCAUCUUGAAUUCAAGGGGAUUAGAGACUGGUAAAGAUUCGUUCCCGAUAUUCCAUGUAUAUCCAACAAGUUCUUUAGCAAGAACUUUGGCCAAAUUAGUAGCAACUAAAUCGCAUAGAUUAUGGAUUGUUCAACCUCCGGAAGUUAAUGUAUCCUCCUCAUCUUCAGUGAAUGGAAAUGCAUCCAAUGCAAACAGUCAUUCAAGUUCUUCUACCAAUGUCAAUUAUUCACCACUAAUGACUUCAGUAGAUGAUCCAUUAUCCCCAGCACCAUCUAAAAUUCCAUCCCAACCAAAUUUAUUUGAAAAAGAAUAUCGUACAGGUAAACUAAUUGGCGUUGUUUCAUUGACAGAUAUUAUCAGCUUAUUUGCCAGAAAACAAACUGAAUAUAAACAAGUUGAUCCCCAAACAGCUAGAAGACAAAGAGGGAGUGUUGUGUAG